AUGAGAAACCACACAAUAACAACAUUCAUCCUGCUGGGACUGACUGAUGACCCACGAAUGAAAGUUCUAGCUUUCAUCUUUCUUUUUUUCACCUACAUGUUGAGUGUAGCUGGGAACCUGACCAUUAUCUCCCUCACCCUCAUGGAUGGCCAUCUCAGGACAGCCAUGUACUUAUUUCUCCAAAAUUUCUCUUUCUUGGAAAUCUCAUUCACAACUGCCUGUAUUCCCAGAUUUCUGUACAACAUAUCAACUGGUGACAAGGUCAUUACCUACACUGCUUGUGCUGUUCAAGUAUUUUUUACUUACCUUUUUGGGAUAACAGAAUUUUUUCUUCUAGCCACUAUGUCCUUUGACAGCUAUGUGGCCAUUUGCAAACCCCUGCAUUAUGUGACCAUCAUGAAUAACAGAGUCUGCCACAGGCUUAUCAUCAGCUGCUGGAUAGCUGGUUUGUUAGUCAUCAUUCCCCCACUUAGCCUGGGCCUCAAUCUGGAAUUCUGUGACUCUAAUGUCAUUGAUCAUUUUUUCUGUGAUGCCACUCCCCUCCUAAAGAUAUCAUGCUCAGACACAUGGUUCAUAGAGAGAAUGAUUCUGGUGUGUGCUGUCUUGACUUUCAUCAUGACUCUUGUGUGUGUUGUUCUGUCCUACAUGUAUAUCAUCAUGACAAUUCUAAGAUUCUCUUCUUCUCAGCAAAGGAAAAAAGCCUUUUCAACCUGUUCUUCCCACAUAGUUGUAGUUUCCAUCACUUACGGCAGCUGCAUCUUCAUCUAUAUCAAACUUUCAUCCAAGAAAGACAUGGCUGUUAACAAAGGAGUUUCUCUGCUCAUUUCUUCUAUUUCACCAAUGUUGAACCCAUUUAUUUAUACUGUAAGAAAUAAGCAAGUGAAGAAAGCCUUGCAGAACUUGAUCAAAAAGAUCGAAUUCUUCUUAAAGAAGUAA